AUGCGAUCACCUCGUCCUUCCUCUUGUUCCAAGUACUCUUCUGCUUCUUCUUCAAGUUAUUCACUCGCUGCAACGAGUUUGAGCAGCAGACUCUUGACGGUAUUCAAGAAAGCACAAGAGCUUACUACUCUCUGUGAUAUCGAAGCCUGCGUCAUUCAUUACGGACCUGACGGCGAACUCAAGACAUGGCCUGAGGACAGAGACAAAGUGAGAUCCCUCGCUCUCCGCUACAUCCAAUUAGACAAAGCCAAGAGACGCAAGAAAAGCGUCAAUCUUCACGAGUUCCUCAACAAGAUGGAGGAUAAGAAGACGAUGCUUCAUAAGUUCAAGAAGAGGAAUGUUGAAGAAUUAAAGUACCCAAUCUCUGAUCACUACUCUCCCGACCAAAUCAACCAAUUGAUUCAGUCCUUGGAAAUAAUUUACUCUACUUGCAAGAGAGGCGUCGUUUCCUUGCGGCAAAGAAACAUAAGAAUCUUUGAACCCUAG